AGAGGAAAACGGUUCGUUUUUCACAACACUCAGGUGCCACAGCCAUGGACUCAGCUGUCCAAUGCUGGGAUAGUUUUGUUUCAUUUACACUGAAUGGAGAAAUCCAAAAAGUAUCCUCACUUCCCGGAGACACAUCUCUCAACACUUACAUAAGAGAAUAUGCAAAGCUGAAGGGCACCAAGUUCAUGUGUCGAGAAGGAGGCUGCGGGGCUUGUGUUGUCAGUCUACAGUUUACACAUCCUGCCACGGGUCAGCAAAGGGUGGUUUCGGUUAACUCUUGCACGUUUCCUGUGUACGCCUGCCAAGGGCUUAAAGUUACUACUGUGGAAGGCAUUGGGAGUAAGGCUAAAGGUUAUCACGAAAUUCAAAGUAGAUUGGCUCACUUCUACGGUACCCAGUGUGGUUACUGUUCUCCAGGAUGGGUUAUGGGUAUGUACAGUCUUUUGAAAUCGAAUCCCGAAGUUACUAUGAAAGAAAUCGAAGACUCAUUUACUGGGAAUAUCUGUCGUUGUACUGGAUACAGACCGAUACUUGAUGCUUUCAAAUCAUUUGCUUCUGAUAGAAGUAGUGAACUGGAGAAGAAGGUGGCAGACAUUGAGGAUUUAUUAAAAGUAUGCCCAAAAAGUGGAAUUGUAUGUCAUGGAAAAUGCAAAAAUGAUAAAAACCAGAGAAGCCCUUUCGACUGCGUUGAUAAAAACCACAAAGACGAUUGUGACAUUGAGUUCCUGGAAGUGGCGCUCGCCUUGCCCUCACUUAGACUCGAACUCCGGGGUGGCUCUCAAUGGUACAAAGUGUCUCAGGUGGAUGAGCUAUUUGAGAUAUUCGGGAUGGUAAAUGGUUCCUACAAUCUUGUAGCUGGCAACACUGCUAAAGGAAUAGUCAAGGAUAAGCCACCGCCAGAUGUAUUUAUUGAUAUAAAUGGAGUAGGGUUCCUGAAAGCCCACUCAUUCCACUCCAACAACUUGUACGUCGGAGCAAACACCACCCUGUCGGACGUUAUCGUUCUGUUCGAAGCUCUGGCGGAGGAGAAACCUGAAUAUUUUUCCUACUUGAAACAGCUGGCCGAUCACAUUGAGAAGGUUGCUAAUAGGCAUGUUAGAAAUGUGGGAACGAUUGCUGGCAAUUUGAUGAUAAAGCACGAGAGCAGGUAUUUCCAAUCUGACAUAUUCGUGAUCCUCGAAACUGUUGGGGCUAACGUGUCAGUUAGAGGGGAUAAUGAAGCAAUCACAUUAAUGUCACUGCCGGCCUUCCUAGAGACUGACAUGUACAAGAAGGUGAUCCUGCAGAUAGUGCUACCUCCCCUGAAUGCCAAUUGUUACGUCGUAAAAACAUUCAAGAUCGGUCCUAGGGUUCGAAACGCUGUUGCCUACGUCAACGCCGGAUUUAGAUUUUGUGUAAAAAAAGAAGAUGGUUUCCGAGUAGAAGAACAUCCAAGUAUAGUGUUUGGAGGAAUAAAUCCUUCUUUUAUCCACGCUGACUUGACAGAAAACUACCUACACGGCAAGCGUCUACUGGACGUAUCUACCUUACAGGCAGCUCUAGGUAUUCUCAGCAAGGAAGUACAGCCAGAUCACAAACUGCCGGAUGCGACACCACAGUUCAGGAAAGGCCUCACUCUGGCUCUGCUUUACAGGGUAGUCCUGAGCCUGAGUCCCAACAGUGUGAAGGCCCAGUUCCGCAGUGGAGGAGAAGAUAUCACGAGACCAUUGUCUUCAGGAAAACAGGAGUUUGACACUGACAGUUCUAGACCUCCUCUCUAUCAGCCGUUCCCCAAACUAGAAUCACUCAUCCAGGCCUCUGGUGAAGCAGAAUACGUGUAUGAUAUGCCAACAGUGGGAAAUGAUUUGUACGCCGCCUUCGUUAUCACUAAACAAGGACCCGCUACUUUAGUCAGCUUGGACCCUUCUAAAGCCCUUAAAAUACCAGGUGUAGUAGCCUUUUUCUCAGCCAAAGAUAUUCCCGGGGAAAACACUUUCACGCCUUCACAAGACUUAAUUCCUGACAAAGAGAAGCUGUUUGUCGAUAAAGACAUUCUGUUUGCUGGUCAUCAAGUUGGAGUAUUGGUGGCCAAAACUCAGGAACUCGCCGACUUUGCUGCGGAACAUGUAAUCAUCCGAUACAAGGACAAAAAGAAACCAGUCCUUGAUGUUCGUGAGGUUGUGAAGAACAAGGACACCUCAAGAAUGGUUCUCAGGGAUGAAAUACCACCGAUUGUUCCUACACCUUCUGUCUCUAAAGUAAUCAAAGGAGAGUUUAAAAUGGACACCCAAUACCACUUUAUGAUGGAGACUCUCGCUUGUGUGACAAUCCCGACGGAGGAUGGACUUGACGUCUACUGUACAACGCAAUGGCCACAAACAGCUCAGGAGGCAAUAGCGCUGGUGCUCAACAUCCCCGAGAACAAUAUAAACAUGAAGCUUCGGCGUUUGGGAGGAUCUUUCGGUGGAAAAUUGACACGAGCCAACAUAGUCGGAGGAGCCUGCAGCUUAGCCGCUUACCUUCUGCAGAGACCGGUCCGUAUGGUGGUCAAGCUAGAGACUAUGAUGGAAGCUAUCGGAAAGAGAUACCCUUGUUAUUUCGAUUACGAGGCUGGAGUGAACUCAGAGGGAGCGAUCCAAUAUUUGAACACAAAUGUCUAUGAUGAUGCUGGCUCAGCAUUCAAUGAUCCAGUCAUCGAUUUAUUUCUGUUUCCUUCUUUCAUGAAUGUAUAUGACUCAAAGUCCUGGGGGACAAAGAUGUACGAUGUGAAGACUGACAAACCAUGCAAUAUAUGGACAAGAUCACCAGGCACUUUGGAAGGUAUAACUUUGGCUGAGCACAUAAUGGAACACAUAGCCCACGAGCUCGGCAAGGACCCGCUGUCUGUCAGGAUGCAGAACUUGAACAAAUUGUAUCCUACUGAAGCCUUGAUCAAAUUAGUGAAAGAGAAAUCAGACUACGAGACUCGCAAAGCUGCAGUUGAGGAGUUUAACAAGAAUAACGUAUGGAAGAAGAGAGGAAUAUCGUUGGUGCCGAUGUCAUUUCCUCUAGACACUCUCUCUAACUUUCACGCCGUGGUCUCUGUGUACAGAAACGACGGAUCCGUGGCCAUCACACAUGGAGGGGUGGAAAUGGGACAAGGGGUCAACACUAAGGCAGCCCAAGUCUGCGCCUCAGCUCUCGGCAUACCCCUCGAACAGGUGUCAGUGAAGCCGAUAUACAGCAUAACAGCGCCCAACAACGGGCCUUCAGGUGGCAGUUACACAAGCGAAAGUAUCUGUCUUGCAGUAGACGAGUGCUGUCGGAAACUCAACAAGAGGCUGGAACCUAUUCGUAAGGCACUGGUAAAUCCGACCUGGCCUGCCCUGAUACAGGCCGCCUACGCAGCACAGGUCAACCUCAACGCUUCAUACAUGUUUUCAACAAUCAAAGAUAAAAAAGAAUACAAAAUAUUGGGAGCUACCGUUAUAGAAGUGGAAAUCGAUAUUUUAACUGGAGAACAUAAGAUUAUUCGCGUGGAUAUUCUUGAAGAUACUGGAAAAAGCCUGAACCCAUUUUUGGACAUAGGCCAAGUGGAAGGGGGAUUCGUCAUGGGCCUAGGCUACUGGACUUCCGAGGAGAUGGUCUAUGAUCCUGACACUGGAAGGAUGUUAAGCAACAGGACCUUGAAAUAUAAGGUCCCUUGUGUAAAAGACAUCCCUGUUGAUUUUAGGGUUUACCUUCUCAAAAAUAGUGACAACCCGCUUGGAAUUUUGAGAUCAAAAGCGGUGGGUGAGCCUCCCCUGGUUAUGUCCAACUCAGUGCUGUUUGCCAUAAGGCAGGCACUCAGGUCGGCCCGCAAGGACGUGGGGCUGCCGGACCAGUGGCUAUCGAUGGAUGCACCAUUUACAGGCGAGAAAAUUUUCCUGAGCUCAGGGAUUGACACAGACAAAUACCUUCUAUGAGUUAAAAAAACAACUAAAAAAGCCUAUGUAACAAUAAUAUACUAAUAAAGCAAAAUACUAUCGAUAUUGUAUACA